AUGAAAGUUUACCGAGGGUGCUGUGACGCAUGCAGCUCGAACGCUGGUGUCGUACCACAUGACGGAGGCUCACUCGAGGCCGCAGGCGAAGCCUUCACAUAUCCUGUACAGGAUGGUCACGCGACCGAGAGUCAGGGAGUCUCCGAUAUUGACCGGGAACGUUACGUGGGCGCAGAUCAAUCAGCUGUCAACAUUGACGGGCUUCCUUCGCGAUCUAAUUCAUUUUCAAUACGUUUGGCGACCGAACGAGACGAUCAUCGCGGCGCACACUGGGCGACCAGCGCAGUCGUGAUGGCGGAGCAGAGUGCUACACGCGAUCAAUCUCACUCUCCUCUGAACAUAUACAGUGACGUCAGGUUCGGCUUCGAUUCUGACUGGCCUCCAGGUCAGCAUGGUGAGCUCUUCUGUUGCCAUGAUGAUCGUCGAGGUACCUGUAGGCUCCGCAGACCAUACCUGCAGAUGAUCAAAGUCUAA